UAGAGUAUUAUUUCAAUCUCUAAAUUUGCUAGAGCGAUAUGGCUGGUUUCUCUGAACAUUGGGCUCUUGCAUUUGGACUACUUGGGAACAUCAUCUCGUUCUGUGUAUUUCUCGCUCCUUUACCAACUUUUUACCAAAUCUACAAGAAAAAAUCAAGCGAAGGAUUUCAAUCGAUUCCAUACGUGGUUGCUUUGUUCAGUGCAGUACUAUGGAUUUACUAUGCACUUCUCAAAGGAAACGCUACUUUCAUAAUCACCAUUAACUCAGUUGGCUGUUUCAUCGAGACUUUUUACAUUGUCUUUUAUUUCUAUUACGCCUCAAAGAAGUCCAAGGUAACAACGAUGAAGUUCCUAGGUUUGGUUGUUGUAAGUGGAAUGGGAAUAUUUUGUGUUACUCACUUCCUAAUGAGACCUUCUCAACGUCCCAUCGUAGUCGGGUGGAUUUGUCUCGUGUUUUCUUUGUGCGUCUUCAUCGCCCCUCUAUGCAUCUUGAGACAAGUCGUGAGAACCAAGAACGUGGAGCAUAUGCCGUUUCUUCUCUCAUUUUUCCUUACAAUUAGCGCAGUCAUGUGGUUUUUCUAUGGGCUUUUGCUAAAAGAUUAUAACAUUGCGAUUCCAAACGUGCUAGGCUUCAUCUUCGGCUUGCUUCAAAUGGCGCUCUACGCGAGGUACAGAAACGUAGACAAAAUCAUGGAUCAUAAGCUCCCAGAAGUUCAAAAGCCAAUAAGUGUUACGGAGGAAGAGAAGAACAAUAUUCACAAAAUCGUUGAAGUUUACAAAUUGAGUUCACUUCUGAAUUCAGACAAGAAUGGGGUGGAAGCAACGCCGCAAACUCAAGCUUGAUUUGAAUUUGUCCAAAUUUGCAUGGCAUCCAGCUGCAUGUGAUCAUCUAAUUUAAUUACUAUGCUUUUUAAAUUAACUUUUGCAAUUUAUGUGUAUUAAUUAGUAGUAUAUUUGUUGAUGGAACAUGAUGUACAUCGACUUGUUCUCAAUAUGCUGGAAUGAAAAAUGGAUGCCUUUAUUUUA